AUGGACAGUGAUGAAUUAAAGCUCGCCGCCGGCAGCUACUCGCGAAGGGUGGCAGAGGAGCCGCAGGCCGAAGAGGAUCAGUCGCCGCCCUCCGUCCGCGGACGCGACAUUACGCUGACGCUGCGACUUCUUUCGGGGCGGGAGGUGCACAUCAGCAUCAAUGAGGAUGCGACGAUGGCAGAACUGCGGCGCUACAUUGAGAAGACACUGGCCUUGCCUGCACACCUCACGCGACUCUACCUGGGCCAGGACCAGGUUACCUCUGGCUACGACAGCACGCUAGCACAAGCAGGGAUUGAGGAUGAGGGCGUGCUGACUGUGGUGAGCGUGGCCAGUGAAGAGUUCGAAGAGGUAACUCUCGAAGGCUUUGGGCAGCAGCUUUUGCCCGCCCGGCUUCGCAAAGUGAAGUUGUCAGGCGCCUGCGCCUUCUGGCGGCACUACACCUUCAGGGAUGCCCUGCUGGGGGACAAGAUCUCCAUCAGGUGCGUGAAGCAGGCGUUUUCUGACGAGGAGUGGGCCGGGAAUCUCGUGAAAGAGAUCUACUUGCUCCAACACUUCAAGCACGAGAAUAUCUUGAAGCUGUUGGAUGUGCCGCCUGCCUUCGAAGACUUCAACGACAUCUGCAUCAUGGUGGAGCACAUGGACAUCGACCUGGCAUCAGUCCUUAGGAGCUCUCAGGAGCUCACCGAGGAGCACUGCCAAUACCUGACCUACCAAAUCCUGAGGGCCCUGAGCUACAUGCACUCUGCCGGUGUCAUUCAUCACCAGCUGAAGCCCCGCGUCGUCAUGGUGAACAAGAACUGUCAUGUGAAGCUGACAGACUUCUUGGACGCCCUGCCUGCAAACGCAGUGCAUUUCGACGAUGGCGACCACAAUCGCUGGUACCGUGCCCCCGAACUCAUCCUGAACCAAGAUUGGACAGCUCUGAAAUUGAGCGGUGCCUGCGAUGCCUGGAGUGUGGGUUGCAUUCUGGCCGAGAUGUACCGGAGAAAGCCGCUGCUCCCCAGCCGGGAUGCAAUCACGCACGUCCAGAGCAUUCUCAAGCUCCUAGGAGCUCCAACGGAAGAGGAGAUGGAAUGGGUGACAAAUCAGAAGGCACGAGACUUCGUUGCUCGCAAGGCUGGCUGCACGCUUCCAACCUCGGGACCGGAUUCUUGGACGGCGUCCUUGGGAGCUUCCGAGGCUGCACAGGAGCUGCUCCGACGACUGGUCGUUUUCGAUCCACGUCGGCGCUGCACCUGCCAGGAAGCGCUGCAGGAAUCGUAUUUCCAGGACUGGUCGGACCCCGAGGAGAGACAGCUGGACCGCAGCGCAGAGCCCGUGGAUUGGACGCACCUGGAGUCGGUCACAUCUCGGGACAAACAGCGCCAGUACGUCCGGCAGGAGUGCCAUCGACGACAUCCCGAAUUCUUUGAGCCGAAGACUUGA